UCAAAACUGUUAAAAAUGCUAUUGGCUUAAACAGCGAGCUAACUUUUUAACUAAUGUAACCGAGUCACACAUUUAAAUCAUUAUUCCUGCUAAAGUGUAAAAGUAAAACUUGUGUAGCUAGCCUAAGUGUAACGGUUUAAAUAUUUGUUUCUAUUAGUAGUCUGUCUAUAAAGCUGCUCGUGCUACAGAUCCAAGACCUGCUAAUGAGAUUAAUGACAGGAGCUGAUGAUGUGCAAGUCCACAUUUCCAGCUUGUGAAGACAGAAUGGAUGAAGACAGACAGAAAGACAAGUUUAAAUCCAAAGGAUUUGGGAACAGUUUGGGUUUGAUGUCUACAAAUGGUUUUCUGUUUGACCCCUGGCACAGCACUCCUGUAAAAAAGCACACAGACGAAGGCAGCAUGGCACGACAGCCUGCAAAGAGCACAGAUAAUAGCUCUGCCCAUCAGCAAUCAUCUCUCUCGGUUAUGCAGAGGUCUCAGACUCAAGCACGCGAUCUGGAGAGCUCAACCAUCCAAAAGCAGCGGAUGGAGCUGCAGCUCCUCAUAGCAGAGCUGAAGGAUCGGGAUCAGGAGCUCAACAGCAUGGCUGCAGCUCAUCACAGACAGCUACAGGCCUGGGAGCAGGACCGCCAGAGAGUGCUAACUCUGGAGCAGAGGUGUGCACGCCUUGAAGUUGAGCUGCAGAAGCGCAAUGAGGUGAUCCGAGCCAUUAGCAAGCGUUUAAAGAUGGCGGAGGUGCGAGAGCAGGACAGCCGCACAGAGCUCAGCAGCAUCCAGCAGCGGAUGCAGGAGCUCAGUCAGAGACAACAGCAUAGCAGUCAACAACACCAAGACCUGGAGGAGAAGAAUCGGAGUCUGAACUCGAGCAUCCUGACUCUCUCAUCCCAACUUGGCCAACUUCAGGCUCAUGAGGAAGAGCUUAGCUCCAUGCUCAAACUGAAGGACAAAGAUCUGACGGAAGCCACAAAUCACAUAUUGGGCCUAACUGAUCGGCUACGGGAAUCGGAAUCAUCGUUAACAGAGUGCCGGUCUCGUGAGAGCAAAAUGUUGCAGGAAACGGAGGAGUACAAGCGCCACUUCAGAGAGGCCAGACGUCAAAACGCUCAACUAAAAGAUGAGCUUCAGGAGAAGACUUUAGAGAACAACAGUCAAAGAGAGGAGCUCAUUCGGCUUAGACAAGAGAACCAGCUGCUCAGGAAAGAACUGGCACUCGCAGAUGAGGGUGAAAGCUGGAAGGAAGAGUUACUCGCGCUCGCACGUUCAAAACAAGAGCGCACCGAGUCUGAGCUUCUCUGCCUGCGACAGGUGUGUGAGCACCAGCAGAACGAUCUACAGCUCAUGAAGCUCAACCUAGAGACCACUAGAGAGGCACUGAUGCAGUAUGAAAGUCAAAGGUCUCUUGCAAGUCCAGGGGAUAUGACUUGUGUGUAUGUGGACUGUUCUACACCCUCACCACAGAAGAGGAUGAGCCCUGGACUUGCAGAAGGCACAACACUCAGCAAACAGCAGCAGAAGGCAUUCACCUCAUCCACAUGUCGCUUGAAGCGCUUGUUGGCGGAGUCGCAGCAAAUGGUGGCCAGUCUGGAACUCUCUUCCGGACAACCUCUAAGCCAUUCCCAAAGCCCUCCAAGUCACAGCUCAAGUCCGGGCCUGAGUCCCACUGUUUCACACUGUAACUCUGACUGCAACCUCAACGAUGGCUAUAACAAUACUGAGAGUCGCGACCAGUUCCAGUCUCCCAAUAAUAGUCAAGAUGAAGGACAACUAAGAAGGGAUGGCUCCCAAAUCCACAACAUCAGCGGUUCACAGAAAACCAAGCAAUAAGGUCAAUAGAUCUUUGAGUAGACGUCUUUGAACUUUGAAAACUGACCAACACGGACAUAUUAACGGUGCUUCCUGUGGACAUAGCCAUUCCUCCAUCCUGCCAGCUCAUUUGAACACAAAUAAAUACUUUUAAGGCAACCAAAGAGUGAUG